GACACAGAGAAACGGCCAGUCGUCAGUUGGCUACACAUGUGUAGCAAGCAUGGCUAAUAAUGGAGAUAUGUGGUGGGUGCUGGAGGACUGUGUGAAGAUAAUAAAAGCUAACACGGCACAGCCAGAGAAGUUUUUAAGCCUUCAAGACGAAGUUGCAGCAGACUUUACUUCUCUCACCAAGACGCUGUAUGACCUCCACAAAUCGCAGGAGUCUGCAGGAUGUAAAAGCAGCCCGUUGGCCCAGCUGGUUGUGGAUGACUUUGACGAGGAACAAAUUUGGCAGGAGCUAGAACUACAGAACGAAGCUGUACUGAAACAUUUUCAAAAUGCCAUUGAUGAGGUUUUGUCAGACCAGACCUUAACAUUGUUGUCAGAAGAGGAGGAGCAGGAUGAAGGGGAGCAAGCAGUGACAUAUGAUGAAAAUGUCAUUAAACCUCUGCCAAGACUGAAAAAGAAAAUAGCUAUGGAAGCAGAAGAUGGGUCAGAGGGAGACUCUGAGGAUGACUCGGAUUUAGAUUUUGAUGUUGAUGCUCUUGAAAAACAAGAGAAGCAGAAGAAGGAAAAUGUAAGGACAGGUUCUAAAACAAGAAUGAAUCCCUCUGUGGUUGAUGAUAGGUUUUUCAAACUGUCAGAGAUGGAGUCGUUUCUUGAAGAAAUGGACAAGCAAGAAGGAAAGGAAGCAGAAGAUGAAGACGAUGUUGACUACUUUCAAGACCUGCCUUCUGAUGAGGACGAUGAUCUCGACUUAGAGCAAAUAAUGUCCUCUAAAAGGAAGAAGAAAGACACUGUGAAGAGCUCCAGAAAUCUCAAGUACAAAGACUUUUUUGAUGCUGUUGAUGGCGAACCAGCUAAAGGCGAUGAGCAGUCAGAUGGAGACGAUGAAAGCCAUGAAGAAGGUGAUGAAAAAAUGAAUGAUGACGAAGAUGAUGGUGAAGAGGGGGACAAUGAUGAAGACAACCAGGGAAGUCAGUCUAAAGCUCAUCAUAAGAAAGUGACCUUUAACCUCACGGGGGACGAGGACAGCGAGGAUGAGGACAUGGACGAGAUCCUUGGAGGGAAAGCUCCAAAUGCAGAAAAGUCUGAGUUAAAAUCUUCAUUUGAGAAACGACAAGAGAAGAUAUCAGAGAAGAUCGACAAGCUGGAGAAAGCAGCUCUGGCUGAGAAGCCGUGGCAGCUGUCGGGCGAGGUGACGGCGCAGACCCGUCCAGAGAACAGCAUGCUGGAGGAAGAUGUGGAGUUUGAGCAGACUUCCAGGAUGGCCCCCACCAUCACUGAGGACACUACUCUACAGCUUGAAGACAUCAUCAAACAGAGAAUCAAAGACCAGGCAUUUGAUGACGUGGUCCGCAAAGAGAAGCCCAAAGAGGAGGUGUUUGAGUACCGAAAGAGACUAACUUUGGACCAUGAGAAGAGCAAACAGAGUCUGGCAGAAAUCUACGAGCAAGAAUACAUCAAACAGACUCAGCAAAAAACUGAGGAGGAGGAGAACCCAGCCCAUGUUGAAAUUCAGCAACUUCUGGAUCAGCUCUUCCUGAAGUUGGACGCUCUGUCAAACUUCCACUUCACACCAAAACCACCUGUUCCUGAGGUCAAAGUGAUCUCUAACUUACCAUCUAUUACCAUGGAGGAAGUGGCUCCAGUCAGCACAAGUGAUGCUACGCUGCUCGCACCAGAAGAAAUCAAGGAGAAGAAUAAAGCAGGAGAUAUUCUGGGUGAUACUGAGAAGUCAUCAACUGACAAGAAGCGUGAGAGACGUCUUAAAAAGAAAGUGAAGCAUCUAAAGAUCAAGGAGAAAGAGAAGAGACAAAAACUUAAAGAGGCCAUCACAUCUGACGAGAACAAAAAGCUUUCAAAGGCUGAAGUUACAAAAACCAUGAAAAAACUUGCAAAAGGAGGCAAAGCCACGAUACUCAAGGACGAGGGAAAAGGCAAAGCUGUGCGGUCCUCUCAGGCCUUCUUCUCUCAGCUGCAGGAUCAGGUCAAGAGUCAGAUCCAAAGUGUCAAGGACCAGUCUUCAAAGAAGAAGAAACAAAAAAGUUUUUCUGUCAGCAAACUCAAGUUGUAA